UAAGGUUUGAUAACCGACUGACAAUCUUUAUCAAAUAUUAUUAGCAAUAUUCAGGAACUCAUGAAGAUAUUUUUUCUUAUUUCAGGGACAAAGUUACCCAAGUCAAAAUGUCUCAAGAUGAAUUUAAAGAUUUUUUUUUCGACACAAUUUUAUUUUAUUUUAUGCUAGGAAAACAAUUAAUCACAGAGGUGGAUAUUUUGAUUAAUGUUACAAAUAUUUUUAUAAACCAUUAACAAAACACAAUUUUCUCAGACUCAGCACCAAGCUCAAAUCACACAGACGGUGCGGGUGGCCGGAGAACGAGCGGUGAAGGGCGCCGGCGAGAAGGCACAACCACGAUGGGAUUAGGUGCAGCUGCGAGAAACGCGCGUCUCCUCCGAACCAGUCUCAGUCCCUCUCCAUCAUCUCAAUACAGGAAACAGAUUUCAGUCGCCAAUCUCUUCCAGAGGUACGGUUUCCCCUCCACCCAGCUCCACUCCUUUCUCUCCGACAAUCGCUUCCUCCUCGAUUCCCAUCUCCCCGACCUUCAGAAAUCCCUCGAUACUCUCUUUUCCUUCCGAAUUCCACAGAAAACCCUCAUUUCCCUCCUCCGCGAUUGCCCCGGAGUAUUGGAACACCGCUUCCUCCACAAUUGGAAAUCGGCUUUCUCGGAAUUGAACUCUCUGGUUCCUAAUUCAUCCCCUUUGAUGCUUGCCAACUUGCUGCAAUGUUGUACAAGGUUCCAGAUAGACCCAGUUGAGUUUUCGCACAGAGUUGAGGUUUUCAAGGGUUUAGGGUUUUCGGAUGCCGCGGUAGCUAGGGUUUUGGAGGGGUUUCCAGGUGUGAUCGUGAUGAGCGAGAGGGAAAUCGUGUGUGUGAUUGAGUUUCUUGUGGAUUUUGGGGUGACAAGGGAUGAGGUUGAUCGGAUUGUUCAAUUGAAUCCUAGGGUUUUGGGAUUUGGGGUUGAGGAUAGGUUGAAGCCGUUGAUCGAGGAGUUGAGGGGUUUGGGAUUUUCGCGCCGUGAGGUGAGGAAGGAGAUAGUUAGGGAGCCAAGGAUUCUGGGAAUGGAAACAGGGGAGUUUUCGCGGUGUUUGAAGUUGUUAGAGAGUUUAAAAUGCAGGGAAGCAAUCAGAGAGAAGAUUUUGGAGGAGGGUAUGCUUAGGGCUUGUUUUGAAGUUAAACUUAGAGUGGAUUGCUUGUGUGGUCAUGGUUUGAUUCGCAGGGAUGCUUUGAAGGUGUUGUGGAAGGAACCGAGGUUGAUCACUUAUGAUCUUGAUGAUAUUGUGAAGAAGAUUGAGUUCUUAGUGCAUCGGAUGAAAUACGGUGUUGAUUGUUUGCCUGAUGUUCCUGAAUACUUGGGUGUGAAUUUUGAUAAGCAGAUUGUUCCUAGAUACAAUGUGGUAGAAUAUUUGAGAGCUAAAGGUGCCAUUGGUUUUGAGGUUGGAUUGAAGGACCUGAUCAAGCCCACUAGGCUUAGAUUUUACAAUCUCUAUGUCAAGCCGUAUCCAGAGUGUGAGAAGAUAUACGGGAGAUUUUCAAGAAAUCUUGAAGUUAAAAGCAAGCAUCCCGCUGGACUCUGGAAAAUCUUUCAACCACAGAAGUUCCCUAGUACUGAUGAAGAUGUGAAGAACAUGAAGUCUUUCAUGGACUCAAUGGUGUAGUGGUUUUGUCUGUAUAUUGUUAGUUGGGUUGGAUGCGAGGUCAAUGUAAUCACUUGGUAAGAUUCUUGGAUUUCUAAAUGAAUUCAAGUUCAACCUGUGUAAGAGAUUCAUAUUUUCAGAAUGCCAAAGGAACACAAGGUGGCAGAUUCGUCACUUACAAAGA